AUGUCAGACUGUGACGGUCAGACUGUGACGACUGUGACUGUCAGAGACUGUGAACGGUCAGAGACUGUGACGGUCACAGACUGUGACGGUCAGACUGUGACGGUCAGAGACUGUGACUGUCAGACUGUGACUCCAGAGACUGUGACGGUCAGAGACUGUGACGGUCAGACUGUGACGGUCAGAGACUGUGACGGUCAGACUGUGACGGUCAGAGACUGUGACUGUCAGACUGUGACGGUCAGAGACUGUGACGGUCAGAGACUGUUACGGUCAGGAGACUGUGACGAGACUGUGCCUGUCAGACCUGGACUGUCAGACUGUGACGGUCAGAGGACUGUGACGGUCAAGAAUGUGACUGUCAGGACUGUGGACUGUCUGACUGUGACGGUAGAGACUGUGACGGUCAGACUGGUGGACGGUCAGACUGUGACGGUCAGGACUGGACUGUCAGACUGUGACGGUCGAGACUGUGACGACUGUGACGUCAGACUGUGGACGGUCAGAACUGUGACGGUCACAGACUGUGACUGUCAGACUGUGACGGUCAGAAACUGUGACGGUCAGAGGGCCUGUGACGGUCAGACUGUGACGGUCAAGACUGUGACGGUCAGACUGACGGUCAGAGACUGUGACGGUCAGACGACGGUACGUCAGACUGUGACGGUCAGAGACUGUGACGGUCAGGACUGUGACGGGUCAGACGGUGACGGUCAGACUGCUGACGAGCCUGUGACUGUCCGACUGGGACGGUCAGAGACUGGUGACGGUCAGACUGUGACGGUCAUGCAGUCCUGUGACUGUCAGAGGACUGGUAGACGUGUCAGACGACGGGUGACGGUCUGGGACUGUGUACUGUCAAUUGGUGACGAGUCCAGAGACUGUGACGGUCAGAGAACUGUGACGGUCCAGCGGAACUGUGACGGUCAGCAGACUGUGAUCCUGUACAGAACGGGGACGAACCGUGGUUUAGUCGCGGCUGUUCAGGCCAGUUCAGUCCCGGGUUCAGUCCUGGGUGACGGUCUGAGAGAUCUGGGACGAGUCACAGACUGUGACGGUGCAGAGACUCUGACGGUCAGUCAGACUGUGACCGGUCCAGCAGACUGUGACGGUCAGGAUUGUGACUGUCAGAGGACGGUGACGGUCAGAGACGGUGACGGUCAGACUGUGACGGUCAGCAGACUGUGA